CUGUCCGAGGCGAGCCAUGGCUGCCCACGGAGACCUGCUGAUCAACGUGAGCUCCUUGCCUCGUCCCGGCUCCGGGGGGCGAAGGAGACCCUCAGAGGCUCAGCGGGGCAAGGGAAAGCAGGCUCCGAAGAGAACAUUUCAGUGGGCAGAGGAAAGCACGCCCCCAAAGCAAAAGUCACGCUUGUCUUCGCCUCAAGCCAAGAAACAAGCAACAGCACCUUCAAGGGACAUCAAGGGAUUGGGCCCACCAAAAUCUCCUCCCAAGAACUCCUUGACUGAGGGGAAGACCAGGAAUGCAAGCAGCACUAGGCCAUUGGUGAAAACUUCCUCUCUCUUCAGAAACAACCCUGAAAUUCCUGACCUUCAGAGGACUCCGGUGGAACAAGUGCAGGAAAGAGUUUUCACUUCCGAUUCUUUUGAUCAGAUUGGCCUCCAUCCCCACUUGGCUUCAACAAUAACAUCUGUUUUGGGAAUGUCUAGUAUGACAAGUGUUCAGAGGCAGACCAUUCCCGUACUGAUGCAAGGGAAAGAUGCUCUGGUGCGAUCACAGACUGGUUCAGGUAAAACGCUCGCCUAUGGGAUCCCUCUUAUUCAGUCCUUGCAAAGAAUGGAGCCAAAAAUAAAGCGCAGCGAUGGGCCUUAUGCCGUUAUCCUGGUUCCAACACGCGAACUGGCUCUCCAGAGCUUUCAAACCAUCCAGAAAUUGCUGAAGCCCUUUACCUGGAUUGUGCCCGGCGUUCUGAUGGGAGGAGAAAAGAAGAAAUCGGAGAAGGCCAGACUACGCAAAGGCAUCAAUAUCCUGAUUGCCACCCCUGGCCGCCUGGUGGACCACAUCAACUCCACCAAAUGCAUUCAUUUCCACCAGGUCCGGUGGCUGAUUCUGGAUGAGGCGGACAGAAUCCUGGACCAGGGCUUUGAGAAGGCUGUCGCCGCAAUCCUGAAUGCUUUAAACGCGGACAAUGAGAAGCGGCAGAACGUUCUCCUGUCGGCCACGCUUACAGACGGAGUUGCGAGAUUAGCCGAUAUCAGCUUGCACGAUCCAGUCUGCAUCUCCGUCAUGGAAGGAGCAGGGGCCAAGGCCAAAGCGGGUCCUACGGGGGCUGCAAGCGCGGAAUGUGAUGGUUUUGCCGUGCCGGAAAAACUGCAGCAGCACGUCGUGAUGGUUCCAAGCAAGCUGCGUCUGGUGACCCUGGCUGCGUUCAUCCUGGGGAAGUGCAAGUUUGAAAAAUGCAACAAGAUGAUCGUCUUUUUCUCCAGCUGCGAGCAGGUCGAGUUUCAUCACACGCUUUUUCAGCAAGCCCUGGCUGAGGGACCGGAGGCGGGGGGCCUGGAGCCACCUCCGUUUCCCCCUUCGCCUUUGAUGCUCCAGCGUCUGCACGGUGACAUGAAGCAAGAGGAAAGGACAGCAAUCUUCCAGGACUUCCUGCAAUCAAAGGCUGGUGUUUUACUCUGUACGGACGUUGCAGCUCGAGGACUGGACCUGCCGCAGGUCACCUGGAUCGUUCAGUAUAAUCCUCCAGCUUCUCUCGCCGAGUACAUCCACCGAAUUGGGAGGACGGCUCGGAUUGGCAGUCGCGGGAACAGCCUGCUCAUCCUCGCGCCUUCAGAGGCGGAAUAUGUCAACGUGCUGGCUUCUCACAAGAUUAAUGUUUCGGAAAUGAAGAUGGAGACCAUCCUGUCCUACCUCAUGAAAGAUAAUCGUUUUGCGGGAAACCGAGGGGGAAACAAGAAGUUCCGCGGUGCAGACCCUCAGGAAGUGCGGUGCAGAGCCACUGUCUUGCAGACGGAAUUGGAGAAUUUUGUGCACUCCAACGUGAGAACUGUCCAGCGAGCCAAAAAAGCUUUGCAGUCCUUCAUCCGGUCAUACGCAACAUACCCAGCCAGCCUCAAGCACAUUUUUCACAUCAAGUUGCUCCAUUUGGGCCACGUGGCAAAGAGCUUUGGGCUCCGGGAUGCCCCCAGGAAUCUCAACACCUCCACUGUCCCAAAGCAGGGGAAGAACCAAAGAAAGAAAAGGCCCGACCUUCUCAGGAAGAGCUGGGGUAACCGCCGUCUGGCUGAAAUGCUGCAAUCUGAAUACUCGAGUGGGUUGGACUCCGGCACAUCUCAGGUCAAGAGGAAGAAAGGACUGAGAAGACUUGGGAACCCAAAGCCACAGCCCUGAGCUGGCCUUUCUUCGCCUCCUCCACAAAAACAGACUCUUGAGAAUCGCUGGGGCCGGGAAACAGCCGAAUGCCCUCUGGGACGGCGACAGAGAAGGGGUUGGAAGAUGUUUUUUUUUUCAAAAGCCGAACAAGAGAACUAGCUACAUUCCAACACCUCCUCCUCCCUCCAAGGGAUCCAUGGCAAUUAAAGGUGCAUUUUCCCCAAGGCAUCUGCUGGUCUUACAGUCCUGAAUUCAGAUUGGUUGCCUGUGAGAACAACAAACUGC